AUGGUAGAAGACACCAAAACGAGGACCAAAGGAAGCAGAAAGGGCAAGAACACCCAGGUUUGGGUUGACAAUAAUGCCACGAACAAGAACGAGCCAGAGGCCAUCAACAAUGAAGCCGACGAAGACACUGAUUCCGACUCCGACUUUGAUGAUGGCGACAAGCGAUAUAACUUUCGCACCCUAGCAAAGCUCCUCGAACCCGUGCCAAAGCUCACAUCACGAAACUAUUAUAGCUGGAGUGCUCACAUGAAAUCUUUCCUCCGAUCCGUGCCCCAUGCGAUGAAACAUCUCGAGGGAACGUACGACAAGAAGCACCCGAAAUGGAGCCGCUCCCUCGAUGAUGCUUUAAUCAACGCCCUGUGUGGAACAAUUGACACUACCGGGGAAUACAAUGUAAAUUACCUCGUUCUAGAUGUAAUCAAGGAGUACCUUACUUUCAACCAAGUAUGGAGAAAGAUCGAAAACAGUCUCACGAAUGAAGCCACCAAGACGUCUCACAUACUUGUGCUCAUCUCGCAGCUCAACGAUACAAAGAUGUUUCACUCGGAUGCCAGAAAGCUAAUCCAAGAGAUCCGGUCCAUACAGACUGAAAGCAGCCUCCUCGGCAAACCAUUCGCCGAUGAUACAUUGUUCUCGGCUCUGCAGAAAUGCACGAUCCGGCAUCUGGUGUACAAGGAGACAGUUGCCACCGUUCAUCAAAUCGAUUUCAACACCCUUGCCACCGCACUAAGUAUCUGGCAGACCGCUGUUGAGAGUGUCCCUGCACAAAAGAUCGACCCCCGACAAGCCAGCGCUAGAACCGCCAGCAAUGACAAUCAAAAUGAACAGGCCGGAGAGACCGAAGCCAAAGCCGACAACAGCCACACAAGCUCGAGGAACGCAGGCAGACCACGCCGAAUCCAAUGCUGGAUCUGCAAGCGACCGGGACAUGGUAUUAGUCAAUGCGAUGCCUUGGAAGUGUGGUGCUCCCUCACCCUCCCAUUGAAAUGGCAAGACCCCUCGAACACAAAAGAAACAGCUCAUUGGAUCUUGGACUCGGGGGCGAGUUAUCAUAUGGUGAAUGACUACAGCAUGCUCAUCCACCCGAGAACUUGCCGAAAGCAGAUAAUUACCGCCGGAAGCGAGGUCUUGGAAGCAGCAGCUAUAGGAGAUGCAAGCAUAUCAACAGAUUAUGGGGAAAUCUCCCUACAAAAUGUAUUGUAUGUGAAGCACCUUAAUGUUAACCUUCUGUCAACAAAUUCAUUAACGGAUGAAGGAGCACGAGUGAUAUUGGACACAACUGGCGGUCAAAUUUUUCUAACAAAUGGCAUGACACUUAAGAUUGCAAAGAAUCGUGAGCGAGGACUUUUGGAGUUCCGAGGCAACACAUGGCAAGAAAGCGCGAUGGCCACAUCAGCACCAUUGUUUGAAGGUGUUGAUGAGGAGUUCGAGCAUAUUAAGAAUGAGCCGAAAGUUUCAAAGCAACAACUAUGGCAUGAGCAUCUCGGACACCCAGGAAGAGAUAAAGCUAAGACGGAUCGGAAGCUAAAAGCGAUCCGAUCCGAUCAAGGAACGGAAUGGAAAAGCAAUGAUGCAUUAGAAUGGUCACUAGAAAAGGGCAUAGAGUGGCAAACCACCGUAGGGUACAACAGCAAACAAAAUGGACAGGUAGAGAGAAUGAACAGGACCCUUGGAGAGAAGAUGAGAAUGUUGCUAAUGCAGAGGAGACUACCGAAGAAGUUCUGGCCAUACGCGAUCAGAGCUGUGGCGUUCAAAAUAAACCUCACUCCGAGCGUUGAUAAUGAAUUCCCUUAUCAAGCAAUGUUUGGCAAUCUAGAGAGAAAGGGCUGGCUCUUCUACAGUCCGGACUAUAAUCCGAACAUGUUCUGGAGCAAUUCAGCAAAAUUCAUGGAAUCAAAGUGCUGGUCAGACAGAACAGAGUGGCAACCGGUUGACACAAAGGCACCUCCAGUGAUGAUGACAGAAGAGAAUUUCGAAGAUCUAGGAUACAACAAAGAAAAUAUAUUCGACAAAACAGAUGAAGGGCCACUACAAGAAUACAUGGAUAUGGAGACAGAUUCGGAAGAAAGGUUAAGCGGAGGAACAGCGGAGGUGAUGGAACAAGGAUCAACUGCCGAAACUCAGAUUGACAGCGAAUUCUUUGGACUCGUAGCGACACGACCGGAACAGAGAAAGAACCUGGACCCAACCAUACAUGAAGCAAUGAGUGGAGAAGACAGAAAGCACUGGGAGGAGGCCAUGCGAAAGGAGCUGGAUGGAUUGGAGGCGAUGGGCACAUGGGAGAUAGCCAACCUCCCAAAGGGUGCAAACACCGUCGACACACGUUGGGUACUCAAGAUCAAAACCGAUGCAAACCUCAUGCCAACAAAGUUCAAAGCCUGGCUUGUGGCACGAGGUUUCACCCAACGCGAGGGCAUCGACUACACAGAGGUCUUCGCACCAGUAGCACCCAUCCAAUCCAUUCGAGGGGUGAUCGCUGUCGCAGCAGUACAAGAUUGGGAAAUAGAUUCUAUUGACAUAAAGCAAGCGUACCUGAACUCCACUAUACACCAUGAUGUAUAUCUCAAGCCCCCAGUAGGAAUCAAAAUACCACCCGGAAAAGCGUUGAAGGUAGUGAAAGGACUAGGGACAGGCGACAAGAUCACGAUCAUCACAGCAUACGUGGAUGACAUGCUGAUAACAUCACCCAGUCGUGAUGAAGUAGACCGCACUAAGCAAGAGAUCAUGGACAAAUGGGAGAUGCAAGACAACGGAAGGAUCAAGGAAUUUCUGGGUAUCAAGAUCACAUGUGAUAGAAGAUGGAGGAGGAUAUCUCUGGGCCUAACGGCAUACAUCAAAGAAAUGGUGAACAAAUGGUUAGGAGGAGCAAACGAGAAAUCUUGGGUACCCAUGCUGAGCAUAGCAAACGUCGCCGGAGGCAAGAGAUGUGAACCUCAGCGAGCAAAGAAGUAUCAAGAGUUGGUCGGCCAACUAUUAUGGGUCUCCAACACAGCCCAACCAGAUAUUGCCUUUGCUGUUGGCGUAUUGUCGCGAUAUAUGUCGAUCCCGAUCGACAGUGCAUGGAAGGCAGCCAUUCACGUGGUAAAGUACCUGAACCAAACGAACGAAUAUCAGUUGCACUUAGGAGGGGAGACAAACAAGCACUCAGAUACACCGGUAAUGAUGUAUACUGAUGCAAACUGGGCAUCCGACCCCACAAAUGGACGAAGGAGCACCUUGGGGUUGAUAACAUAUGUGUAUGGAUGUCCAGUGAGUUGGAAAUCUCAUGUUCAAAAGUGUGUGGCAUUGUCAGCAGUCGAAGCAGAGUUUGUCGCCGCUUCCGAAGUGGUGCGAGAAACAUUGUUCUUCUCAUAUUUGCUCUGGGACUUGGAGAUCACGGAUGUUUGGCCCGUGCUAUACACAGAUAGCCAGGGGUGCAUACAGGUGAGUAAAGAUCCAGCCAAACAUUGGAAGUUAAAGCACAUCGACACACGGUAUCAUUUCAUCCGCAAUCAUGUGCAAGAGGGCGAUGUGGCAAUCAAAUAUGUCGGAACAGCAAACAACAUUGCAGAUGUCUUGACAAAACCUUUACAGGGUCUCAACACCUCACAAUUGGCUAGGAUGAUAGGGCUGGAGAUCCCGCUGAAGGGGGGAGUUGAAGAUGCGUCGGCAUCUCAAGCAAGAUGCACAUGUCACGGCCGAGACACCGAGGUGCAGGAGGCUUACUUAAGCGAGAAGCACGAAUGA